GCGCCUGGCUCCUGUUUCCUUUUGAUGCUGCAGAAUGUUCGGUACCUCUCAGGUGUAAGGUUGGAUGUACAGUUUUGAAGAAGACCUAAGACUAUUUCACACGGACUGUCGUGGAUUUAAGGUUAAGGAUCUCUGAUGCCAUGCGACCCACCUCCUCCCCUCAGUGAGACAGCCCAUACCUAAAACUCAGGGACCCCCAGGACAGGAGAGGGAUGUGAAGCCAGCUCUGGGCUCAUGCUGUAAGGCAGAGAGAGACCCAGAGUCCCAGACCCUGAGAGUUGUGGGUACACAGCGUUAUCUAAUGGAUGCCUGAGUGACUGAGUGAAGGAAGAAACUCAGAACAGAACUGACGCGAGGUCAUAAUGAGUGGUCAGGAAGGCGAGCCGGCCAUCGGCCACAGCCAUGUUGGUGAGGUCAGGAACAACAACCAGAACAGCCAUGUUGGUGAGGUCAGGAGCAACAACCAGAACCAGCAGGCCGGGGGAGGGGGAGUGGGGGCGGUGUUACCCGAUGGGGAUGAUAACGCUAACCAGAUGAUCCAGAUGGGGGAGGGGGGCAGCGACGGCGGAGGGGAGAGUACAGGAGGAGAUGUUGGCACUCUGCCCCCCCUGAUGUCUCAGACCACUGAGGUGUCUCAGACAGAGGAGCAACAGAACAAGAUCAUCAUCUGGGGGACAGACUCUCAGUGUGACGACCCUGAGCUGGCCGAGUUUGAGAUGUUAGAGUGCCAGGAGCUGGAGGCAUACCUGGUAGAGGACGAGGACGAGGAAGUGUGUGAAGGAGGAGGACUGGGAGGAGUUAAAGGAGGCGCAGGACAGAUCCUCCUGGACCAGCCUGUCUCCAUCGCGGAUCUAGUCUGUGACAGUAGAGACGGAGGAGGGAGGAGGACUAUCCAACGGGGCUCCAGAGAGCAGGACGCCGCCGCCAUGGGCUCUGGAGGAACCAGAGGGACAGCGGAGUGUGUGACGAGGACAGAGUUCAGCUCUGAGAACCAUGUCUUGGCGUCCGCUAUGUCCAGUCUGGUCAGUGCUCUGGACACCGUCGGACGGACACAGGCCACCACCACAGACUCCUGGCACGUCCCCUCAGGACCAGACAGGACCAUCUCAGAGGAACUAACCCUAGCCUCCCAGUCCUUUACCACCAUCUCAGACCUGUCUGGGGCCUCACAGCGAUCCAAACAACCUCAGUCUCCAUCCAAAAGCACAAUACAACGAGCUGACCUCGAUCUAAACCAGAACACAACUGUCAGGUCUGAGGAGGAGGUUGUCGUUCCAGAAGCACAAGUCAGUAACAACGUCGUAGUGGGUCGAUGUAAAUGUCAGCAGAACAUGGAGGAGGAUCAGGGCAAUGAAGAGCACAACCAGAAUCUGGAGCAGAGGUACCGGGAGGCUAGAGGUAGUGAGGGGAAGGCAGAUGAGGACCACAAGGUUAUUCCCCCUGAUAUGAACCACAACUCACCCGUCAAGUCAGGCACAAAUGAUAUUCAAUCGGUUGAACCCAGAAGCUUGAAGAAGCAUGGCUCUUUUGAUAAAACCUUAAAGAAACAAGGCUCCUUCGGACAAAGCAUGAAGAAAACGACUUCAUUCGAACAAAGCAUAAAGAAAACAACCUCGUUUGAAAACACCACGAAGAAGUCGGCCUCAUUUGAUAGAAGCUUGAAGAAAGAACCUUUCUUGGAUAGAACGUUGAUGAAAGAGGCAUCAUUCGACGGAACGUUGAGGAAGCAGGGCUCGUUUGAACGCAGCUCCAGUCCUUCCAGCCUGGAAGGGAGGAAGCCUUGGGGUAGCCCCAGCAGGAGCCCCAGCCGCCCAGCCACCCCUCCCUGGUCCCCCAGGAGACCAGCCCCCUCCUCCUCCCCCGCCAAGACCAGCUCCAGACCUCCCUCCUCCACCUCUCCGGCCAAGACCAGCAACCGAGCCUCCAGCCAAGACCGCAGCGACUCCCCACAGAGGGUUACCACCAGUGGCCUCAAAGUGCCUAGUAAGGUCUGUGUAAAUAGCAGCAUCCCCAAACCCAUCUCCCCUCAGCCACCUACAGACCCCAGGCGGGCCUCUCCUCACAAACCCAAACCCGCCCGUCCCAAGAUCAUCACGUACAUCCGUAAGACCCCUCAGGCGAAGACCCAGUCCCAGGGGACAGAGGUUGACCCAAAUGAAGCCUUGACACUCCCUCCCUGUCUGUCCUCCUCCCGUCCCAGCCCUCCUACAGCUCACAGAAAGCCCCACAAGGCAGGGCCCCAUUCUAAGGCCUCCCAGGUGCUCUGCUCCUCUAAUAUACUCUUUGAUAAGUACCGUCAGGAGAUGCAGAAGGCAGGAUACUUUCCCCCGGGUACCGGCAUGACGUCGCUGGGCAUCAAACCUCCCAGCCACCCUCCUCCUCACAACCUCUCUGGGAAGUCUGAGAGCUUUCAUGGGGAACUGCCUGACAGAUGCAUGCAUGAGUUGGCUCCAGCACCUUCACAGCUGGCUCCCCAGGAGGGGACAGGCCUCUACCGUUCCCCCAGGCCCAGAGGGCCCCAGCUGGGGUUAGGGGCCGUCACCCGGCAGCCUGCUGCAGCCAAGACCAGGAGUAUGUUCCAGACCCAGGGCCAGACCGGUCAGAGGUCAGGGGUCGUGACCCUCAGCCACCCAGGACAGCAGCAGGCACUGCCAGGGAACAACCAGGGAUACCACGACUCCACAGCAGACCAGAGGACGCCAGGUCCAGAGACCACCGUGGCCAGGACCCAGCUGCCUAAACCGGGUCAGUCUCGUCUGCGACCCCCAGGCUUCUCGGCCUUGCCACCUGCCCGUCUGGCCGCCUUUGGCUUUGUACGCAGCUCCAGUGUCUCCUCGGUUUCCAGCAACCAAUCAACAGACAGCGACCCCUGCCGACCCUCCCAACGUGAGUCAUACGUAUGCACAGGUCCCAGCAGUGGUAAUGAUGAUACCCCCCUCCACCUGUCCCCUGUACCCCCCAGCCACAGCAGCCCCCAGCCCCCCAACGCCCCCGCCCUCCACCGCCGCUCCCUGCUGCCCCCGGCCCGGGCCUCUGACACGGAUUAA